AUGCCACGGGAAAUUAUCACGAUUCAGGCUGGACAGUGCGGCAACAGCAGAGCUGAUGCAUUUGGAAUGGAAAUAGUUGGCAGUCAGUUCUGGCAGCAGCUCUGCCAGGAACACGGCAUUAGCCAGGACGGCAACCUCGAGGACUUUGCGACCGAGGGCGGCGACCGCAAGGACGUGUUUUAUUACCAGAGCGACGACACACGCUACAUUCCGCGCGCGAUCCUGAUUGAUCUCGAACCGAGGACGGGUCCGUACAAGAACAUUUACAAUCCGGAGAACUUUUACAUUGGCAAGAAUGGCGUGGGCGCGGCCAACAACUGGGGCGAUGGGUACCAGAGCGGUGAGGAGGUGUACGAGGAGAUUGUGGAAAUGAUUGACCGCGAGGCGGACGGCAGCGAUUCUCUCGAGGGCUUCAUGAUGCUGCACUCGAUUGCGGGCGGCACAGGCUCCGGUCUGGGCUCGUUUCUGCUGGAGCGUCUAAACGACCAGUUUCCAAAAAAGAUUAUCCAGACGUACUCGGUGUUUCCGGACACUACCAACGCGGGCGACGUGGUCGUGCACCCGUACAAUAGCAUCCUGUCGAUGCGCCGGCUGACGCAGAAUGCAGACUCGGUCGUGGUGCUGGACAACGGUGCGCUGUCGCGCAUCGCGGCGGACCGCUUGCACGUUGAAAAGCCGUCUUUCCAGCAAACCAACCAGCUAGUCUCUACCGUCAUGUCGGCGAGCACGACGACGCUACGGUACCCCGGAUACAUGCACAACGACCUCGUCAGCAUCCUCGCGUCGCUCAUCCCCACGCCGCGCUGCCACUUCCUCAUGACGGCGUACACGCCGUUUACGGGGGACCAGGUGGAGCAGGCCAAGACGGUGCGCAAGACGACGGUGCUCGACGUGAUGCGGCGGCUGCUGCAGCCCAAGAACCGCAUGGUGUCGACGGUCCCGGCCAAGAAGAGCUGCUACAUCUCGAUCCUCAACGUCAUCCAGGGCGAGGUCGACCCGACUGACGUGCACAAGAGCCUGCUGCGCAUCCGCGAGCGCAAACUCGCCACGUUUAUCCCCUGGGGCCCCGCGAGCAUUCAGGUCGCGCUGACCAAGCGCAGCCCGUACAUUCCCAUGAGCCACCGCGUGAGCGGGCUGAUGCUGGCGAACCACACGUCUAUUGCUACGCUCUUCAAACGCAUCGUCAAACAGUACGACGGCAUGCGCAAGCGCAACGCCUUCAUGGAAGGGUAUAAGAAGACGGCACCCUUUUCCGAAAACCUGCACGAGUUUGACGAGGCGCGGCAAGUGGUGGGCGACUUGAUUGCCGAGUACGAGGCCGCCGAGGACCAAGACUAUCUCAAGGCGGACGCGGCAGAGCCGACGAGCGCGGACAAUGACCGGCGAAUGACUUGA